UAUCAACUUGAAAAGUGCAUCCUAUAAAAGGGCUCGUAAAUAAUUCCUUGCAUCAGAUCGUCAAGAAACGUCAUCGAGAAAAUACAAAAUGGUGCAAAUUACCGGCAAAUAUGAACUCGUGAAAAGCGAGAAUUUCAGUGCUUAUCUCGUUGGAGUUGGCUUACCUGAAGACAAAGCCAAAGAAGUCGAUAAAAUCAAGCCCACCUAUGACAUCAAACACGAAGGUGACAAGAUCUGUGUAGACGUUGACCAGAUGCCGGAUCUCCAUGUUGAGUAUAUCCUCAACAAGGAAAUCGAUGAAAAAUUACCUUUUGGUGUCACCGUAAAGACUACUACUGUGAUGCAAGGUGAUGACACAAUCGUCAUGACCUCUAAAACUCCAAAGGGAAGGACUGGAACCAGAACAUACAAAUUCAAUGGAAAUGAAGUCACUAUUGUCUACAAAGACGACGAACCAAGUUGCCCUGUUGCAACACGUGUAUUCAAAAGGCUGUGAAAGUUUAUGUAAAUCCAGAAUGAUAAUAAUGAUAUUCCCAGGAUAAAUAUAUGUUUAUUUACCUA